UGUUUAGGUAAGAAGAAGAAAAAGCGGGUAAGAUUCAAUGAAGAUUGCGUGCAGAGCGAAUGUAGUGCGAAAGACAUAGAUAAGCUAUUUGAUGCAGCCGAGGAAAAGAUGGUCGAGAGUCUCAAAGAGGUUGCGAAGAAAAUUCGAGAGGAAGAGCAAGAAGAAUCGGCCACACCGAAAGAAGAGAAGAGAAAGAAAAAAUCGAGGAAAAACGAGGCAGAGCAAAAGAAAGAUGAAGCUGUUGAUAUUUCUCUAGAUCCUAAGAAUUUCCUCCAGGUUGAAACGACGAAUUUAUCAAAAGUAUCAGCCGAACUUAUGGACAAGAUGGAUGAAUUUGAUGAAGGUUAUUAA